GGUCCAGGGUCCCGUUCCACAAAGCGAUCGUAACUACAAUCAAUCUUAGAGACUUACGUCGAUUAUAAAAUCGUCUUAGCUAAAGUUUACGCCCGUUCCACAAAGCUAUCUUAGGGCGAUUGUAACUUUACAAGUUCUUAAGUAGCCGAUCUUAACAAAGAUCGGAAUCUUCAGCCAUGAAGAUACGAAAGUUUCCCUAAGAGUGGCCUCCCUUGGUCAUGUUUAGCAGACGACACAUUGUCGAAAUAUGGCCGAAUCACAGACCUCUGUCGGCGUCAAACGCGUUCGUCGAAGCAAUUUUUCAGCAAGCGAGAUCGCUGUCCUUGUGGAUGAGGUGUCUGUGCACCACACAACACUUAAUUCCUCAUUCAGCUCUACCGUCACCAGUAAGCUGAAAGGCAGCAUAUGGGAGGACAUCGCUAACAAGAUCAAUGCAAAUACGGCAAGUUGCCGAUCAGCAACCGAUGUUCGGAAGAAGUGGAAUGACAUCAAAUGCCAAACGAGAAAGAAGGCCCAAGAAAAAAGGAAAGAGGCAUGUAAGACUGGAGGAGGUCCAUGUCCUGCUACCCUGUCGGAGGUGGAACAAAAGGUACUCUCACUGAUUCCAGCCUGUCAGGUUGAUGGCAUCCAGGGAGGUUUGGAAACAUUUCUUAGUGAAGCGUCUAGUGAUACAAGUGGGGUCACCAUGCCAGUCGAACCAACAUUGGCAGAUGAGCCUGUCCUUGCAAGCCUUCCUAGUGAGGAAGCAAUCACUGAAACAACAGUGCAUGCAGGCAAGAAGUGUGUGAAGCGACCCACACAACAUGCGGACCAAGUCCUUACAAUUGUUGAUCUGGAGACCAACAAGUUAUCAGCAAUAAGGGAGCUUGUUUCAAUCCAGCAACACAGGUGUGAGAUGGAGAGAGAGAGGUUGACAUUGGAGAGAGAAAGGCUACAGAUUGAAAAACGUAGAUUAGCUCUGGAGGAGAGAAGAUUUGGAAGUUUAUCUUUUGAUUUUUUUCCUGACACUACUCAAUCCCCCUCCAAUUGUGUUUCACCAACUAUCAAACUUAAUUGAAAACUUUCUUUUAUCCACAUCUUAAAUGUGUGUCUAAAAAUGUUCAGAUGCUUUUUUGUUUCGAUGAAACUAACAAAAUAUGGAAUAUUACUUAAAAUAUAAGUUUUAAUAUCAUUCACAUUAUCCCAGGGGAGAUAAUCUGAAAAACAAAAGGUAUAGCAGUGCAGCAUGCAGUUUUGUUAUUGUUAAUUAGUAUUUAGCAGAUGUGUAAGUCUGAUGUUAUUUAAAUGAAAACCUAUACUAUUGUUUGUGGCAACAAUUCAUGAUGUUUAAACAAAAUUGGAAAGUAAUAUGCCACUAGACAAUGUUGUCAUGAAACCAACAAUAAAAUGUUAACUGAAAUGUUUUGAUUUAUUCUGAUGUCAAUGGCUCACAUACAUAGAU